UCCAUCUCUCUCUCGAGAGCUACAUCCACUUACCCACACAUUCACAUCCACCACCCAGCACCACCACCAAGGUUCCAACGACUACUCAGUCCACCCACCCUCGCAUCCAUCCUCGCUUCGCAUCAUCAUCAUCAUCAUCCCCACCACCACCACCACCACCAUCCAUCCCUCCUCAUUAACUCUCAUCCCGCCAUCCUCCUCUUGCCACCACCGAGUACCUUGGUCAGCAUCUCUCCACCUCGCCUCCCAACGCACUCGCCACCAUUCUCGACAACUCAUCAUUCCUCACCUGCCCACCAUCACCACCACCACCGCCACCUUCACCAUCUGAACACACCACUCGCCACCCAACAUGCAGCAGACACCAAGCUUCCUGCCCAUCCCGGGCGGACACAAACCAUCCCCUAAUCGCCAGCCCAGCUUUGGCAGCGGUGGUAUGGACACCUCGUCGCGUUGGGCCGACGGUGGUGGCAUGAUGAUCUCGAGUACACCACCGAACGCAUCGCCCAGCUCGAACCCCCACAGCGGUUUCCAUCCCGGAUCGUACGGCGCGCCAUUGUCGUUCUCAGCUCUCGCACUCGGCGCAGCGCAGCCUGGCAGCUCACCAUACUCGUCCAGCAUGGCCAUGAGCAUCUCACCCCCUCGAUGGGGCGGCCCGGGCAGCUUGGGAGGUUUUGGGAGUGGCAGCUUUGUGGGCAGUGUCGGUGCGCUUGGCACGAGCUUUGGGCGGAAUGCAGACAGCCGUCAGCGCGAGAUUGAGGCGAGCUUCGUCAAGGACCUGACGUGCUGUGGGCGCCAGCUGUCGGGCCUCCACGAGUUGUUGGAACACUACGAAGAGGAACACGCCAACCUCGCACCUGAUAUGCGCAUGGCCGCCAUCAGUGCAGUGCAAUCAAAUAGCAACGGCACCAAGCGUAGCUUUACGCCCAACACGACGUCUGUGUCCGUGUCCAUGAACCACAGCGAUGUGCCUGUCCUCCCCGGUAUGAUGGACAUGGACAUGGAUGAGCCCGUGCCCACGCCUACCGCCCUGUUCCCUCAAGCCAGCGUCAACCUCAACCUGGGUUCAACGACGACGCCAGCAACGAGCCCGUGGGCAGGCAUCUUCCGCGGCGCCGCCAACAUCCAGCCACCGGCAUGUGUUCCUCCUAGCUUGUUGUCGUACGCGCCGCCGCCAGUGACACCUCCUCAGCCCGCUCAGCAGCAACAGCAGCAGGCCCAGACGCCAACAACGCCAACACAAUCCCACGCGCAGCCCAAGCUCUCGCAGGCCGAGAUCGAGGCGCGCGUCUUCAAGAAGGCGGUCAAGAAGGCUGAGCAGCGCGCCAGCAAGGAGGUGGGAGAGGAUGACCCGGACGCUCCCACCGAGAAGCGGUUCCGUUGCCCAAUAGAGGGUUGCGGGAAGGUGUACAAGCAGGCCAACGGGUUGAAGUACCACCUCACGCGGAGUAUCAACUCUGGACACGGCAACGUUGCGGCGAUGGGCGGGCUUCUGUCCCUGCUCAACGAAGACAAGGUGUAGCGCUACACGAGUGUACAUUAUGUUUGUACCGGGCACCGUCGUGGUUGUAUAAUGGGUGCGCCUGUCCUCUGCGUGUGAUACUACUCCUGUAUUAGUGGACAGUCGAGCUGGGGUCUGAGCCUUUUACAUAGAUAUAGAGAUGUAUGCUCACUACUGAUUA